UGUGCCUAGGCUUUUUUCUUUAAAGGAAGAGAGAAGUGGCUGUAACGCGGUGUCCUAUUGCUCUUCACACAGGACGCAGCAGCAGCCAUUGACAACAUGAAUGAGUCUGAGCUCUUUGGUCGGACGAUUCGAGUGAACUUGGCCAAACCAAUGCGAAUUAAAGAAGGAUCAUCUCGGCCAGUAUGGUCAGAUGAUGAGUGGCUGAAGAGGUUCUCAGGAAAGACUCUGGAGGAGAAUGCAGAGGAAGGAGGAACAGAGGCACCCAAAGCAGAGACACAGGAGGGUGAGCCUCCUGCCAAGAAGUCCCGGGCUAACCCCCAGGUUUACAUGGACAUCAAGAUCGGCAACAAACCUGCAGGGCGGCUCAAGAUCCUGCUGCGGUCCGACGUGGUGCCCAUGACUGUAGAAAACUUCCGCUGCCUCUGCACUCAGGAGAAAGGCUUCGGCUUCAAGGGGAGCAGCUUCCACCGCAUCAUCCCCCAGUUCAUGUGUCAAGCUGGGGACUUCACUAACCACAAUGGCACUGGAGGAAAAUCCAUCUAUGGGAAGAAGUUUGAUGAUGAAAACUUCAUUCUGAAGCACACGGGGCCGGGGCUGCUGUCCAUGGCAAACUCCGGCCCGAACACCAAUGGCUCACAGUUCUUCAUCACUUGCGAUAAAACCGACUGGCUGGAUGGGAAGCACGUGGUGUUCGGGGAGGUGACGGAGGGCAUGGAUGUGGUGCGGCAGAUCGAGGCUCAGGGCACCAAGGACGGGAAGCCAAAGCAGAAGGUGAUAAUCUCCGACUGUGGGGAGUGUGUGUGAGGCAGUGCUGCUGCCCGGCUGCCCCUGCAAGGUUUGGUGCCCCUGCCUGCAGCGGCGCUGCGGUGUGAGCGGGGCGACGGCUGCUGCGGGGCGCGUUGUGCUGCUUUCUGCUCCCACUGUGCCUGCCGCUCCCUUGGUAAAGAUUUCCUAUAUUUCACAGAAGUAAUAAAACCGAAUUUUAGAAAAACAAA